GAAUCCAUCCCUCCCAACGCCCACACACAACCAUUUCUUCUUCAAUUCAAUUCGAUCCUCUGGUUUCCAUUGCUUCCCACCAAAAUCUCAAUCCCAACCACCCUUUUACAACGCCAAUUCUUCCAUUCUGGUGGAACUGGAACCCAUGGCCGCCGCGGCGCCCAGUCUCUUCCUCCAAGAACCGUCUCUUAAAUGGACAACCCACUCGCGCCACUGCAAUCGAUUCCCUCCCCGCCACGGUUCACUCGCGCACUACAGAAUUCGUGGAAAUUUCAACCACCUCCGACUCCGGUGCUGUUUCGCCAGCGGCGAUGAGUCUAAUGCGUCGCCGCCUCGUCGGCGUUCCGUGAGGCUCGGCUUCGUGGAGAUGAAAUUUGGUGAAAAUCCGGUGGAGGUUGUGGCGCGGGGUGUGGCGAAUGCUUUCAAGGCGCUGCGGAAGCCGGUGGCCGCCGCUGUGCUCGUUGGGUUGUUACUGAUGUGCGAUCCUAAUUGUGCGGCGCUGGCGGCGUCCGGGGGGCGCGUCGGCGGGAGCUCGUUCUCCUCGCGGUCGUCGAUGUCGUCGUCGAGGAGUUUCAGCACGCCUCGAAUGGGGGAAGGGUCGGGGUUCUCUUAUUCGGUGCCGUUUUAUGCACCGUCGCCUUUCGGUGGGGUUUACGUGGGCCCGGCGGUGGGGUUCGGUUCCAGCUUCUUCUUCAUCAUGAUUGCUUUUGCUGCGUUUGUGUUGGUGUCGGGUUUCUUGUCCGAGGGUUCUGAGAGCAGUGUGCUCACGGACACUGAGAAAACAAGUGUGCUCAAGCUGCAGGUUGGGCUAUUGGGAUUGGCUAGGUCACUGCAAAAGGAUCUAAACCGGAUUGCCGAAACUGCAGACACAUCCUCAUCCGAGGGUCUGCACUAUGUAUUGACUGAGACUGUGCUGGCCUUACUUAGACAUCCAGAUUUUUGCAUAUCUGCCCACUCAUCAGUUGACAUAAAAAGGGGCAUGGAGGAAGGGGAAAAAAGAUUCAAUCAGCUUUCUAUCGAAGAGCGUGGUAAGUUUGACGAGGAGACACUCGUCAACGUCAACAAUAUAAAGAAACAGACCUCAGCUAUCAGAACAAGUGGAUUUACCAGCGAGUACAUAGUGAUCACAAUCCUGGUCGCUGCUGGAGGCGUACACAAACUGCCUUCCAUUAACAGCAGUAAGGACCUGAAAGAAGCUUUGCAAAAACUGGCGUCCAUCCCAUCGAGCAGAACAUUGGCCGUUGAGGUUCUUUGGACACCUCAAAAUGAGGACGACACUCUGUCGGAACGGGAACUACUCGAAGACUACCCGUUGCUACGGCCUCUGUAAGAAGUGAUUCCUCACUUCGCUUGUAUGAAUCAAAACUCAAUACGCACUUUCGGACAGCAGCUGCUGAUUUUUAAAUUCGGUUUAUUCUGUUAUACAUAGAGUAAGUAAAAAAAAAAAAAAAACUAACUCCCUAUUUGGGCUUGCUUUGCAACUUGAGAAAGCAAUGCAAUCGGUGUGAAUGAAAUUUGUUCUUAGUGCUGUGUUUA